AUGGAGCCCUCCCCCGCGGCCGCUUCCCCGCCCCAAUCGCCGUCCCCAGCCGAACCUCCGCACCCCUGCUCGACCGCCGCGACACGCCGCGCGGGAGCCCCAGAGCCAGAGGGCGACGCCCGCGAUGGACGGGACUCCGCCGCCCAAGACGGGGGCGAAGCUGGCGGCCGGCGAGGCCGGGUACGUCCUCGAGGACGUGCCGCACGUCUCCGACUACCUCCCCGAUCUCCCGCCCACCCAAAUCCACUGCAAGAUAACACUGCAUACUCUGUUGUCAAGCAGUACUUCGUUAACCCGGAUGACACCGUCUGCCAGAAGAUUGUUGUCCACAAGGAUGGCCCAAGAGGAAACCACUUCCGUCGUGCUGGACCUCGCCAAAGGGUCUAUUUUGAACCUGACGAGGUCCAUGCAUGCAUUGUCACCUGUGGAGGACUUUGCCCUGGACUUAAUACUGUAAUUAGGGAAAUUGUAUGCGGCUUAUCUGACAUGUACGGUGUCACCAAGAUACUUGGGAUUCAGGGUGGGUAUAGAGGUUUCUACGCUCGCAAUACCAUCGACUUGACUCCAAAGAGUGUAAAUGACAUUCACAAAAGGGGCGGAACUAUUCUUGGCUCAUCACGAGGAGGCCAUGACACCAUGAAGAUUGUUGAUAGCAUUCAGUACCGUGGUAUAAAUCAGGUGUAUGUUAUUGGUGGUGAUGGUAGUCAAAGGGGCGCAGGAGUGAUUUUUGAAGAGGUCAGAAAGCGUGGUCUCAAAGUUGCUGUUGCUGGCAUUCCUAAGACUAUUGAUAAUGACAUCCCGGUAAUUGAUAAGUCAUUUGGUUUCGACAGCGCAGUUGAGGAAGCUCAACGUGCCAUAAAUGCCGCUCAUGUAGAGGCUGGAAGUGCUGACAAUGGAAUAGGCCUUGUAAAGCUCAUGGGACGAUACAGUGGUUUCAUCGCACAUUAUGCCACCCUAGCAAGCAGAGAUGUGGAUUGUUGCUUGAUUCCGGAGUCACCUUUCUAUCUGGAAGGUGAAGGUGGACUCUUUAAAUAUAUAGAAAAGCGGCUGAAGGAGAAUGGCCAUAUGGUCAUUGUCGUUGCGGAGGGUGCAGGACAGAAACUUAUUGCCGAAAACAUGAAGGAAAUGGGGCAAGAUGCUUCUGGCAACGCACUGCUUCUUGAUGUUGGUCUUUGGUUGUCUCAGAAGAUAAAUGAGCAUUUCAAGAAAAACAAGACAACCAUAAAUCUGAAGUACAUAGAUCCUACAUACAUGAUACGUGCCAUCCCUAGCAACGCAUCAGAUAAUGUCUAUUGCACACUACUGGCUCACAGCGUGGUCCAUGGAGCCAUGGCUGGAUACACCGGUUUCACCGUCGGCCAAGUAAACGGCAGACACUGCUACAUUCCCUUCUACAGGAUCACGGAGAAGCAGAACAAGGUCUCGAUAACCGACAGGAUGUGGGCAAGGCUUCUCUCCUCCACCAACCAGCCAAGCUUCCUGAGCAAGCAAGACGUCGAUGAUGCCAAGGUCGAAGACGAGAGGACGGCCAAGCUAUUGGACGGCUCUCCUUCCAACCCCAAGGUCGAAGAUAAGGUCGUGCCUUCCAAUUCCAAUGGCGUGAAGUGA